GGGGGCUCCUCCGAGCCUUCCAAAACACAGACGGGAAGCCAGAGGGGCCGCCUAAGUCGCCGAGUCAUUAAAACGCCUUCGGCAGAAAUCCUUCAACUACGCACAGACCUUCUACUUCCAGACAGCUAAGUCCUCCUGAUUUCCCCCGUGCAAAUCUCUUCCUUAGAAUCAUCCUCAGCCCGUGGCACUGGGGGUACACAACUGUAUCACUCUUGCUAUGUAGAUGCCCCGCUACCUACAGGGGCGCGGAACGGCGGGGCCGUGUCGGACGGAGGGGCAGCAUCUGCUGGAAACUUGGGUGAGGAAACCAGAGUGAAUGAGCAGGCGACGGAAUGCAGAAUUAGAAGCAAAAACAAAAAAACUGGUGCGUCAGGCUGAAGAAGUAAUGAAACGCCAACAGGAGAUACUGUCUAGACCAGUUUCGGUACCGAGUAAGUCAUGUGAAGACGACAGACAGAGAGAUCCACUCUGUCCUGAAGUUUCACCUCUUACACGCUCCCACACCAAGCUAGCAAACAAGAAGCAAUGUGCUUCCAUGACCAUGGCUCACAACAAAAGGAAGGGAAAGAGAACAACUUCAAGUUCAAAAAUAAGAAACCUGGAAGUACAAAGUGGUGAUGAUGUUGCAGUACUGGAGGAUUGCACAGAUUUUUCUUUAGCAAAAACGAUAAGCAAAAUUGAAGAAAAACUAGAGAAAGGAAGCUUACCAGAUUGUCUAGAUGAUGAUAUUAUUCCAAGCGUUGGAAAUGAAAUUGGAGCAGAAGCUCAAAUCCGGUUUCUUAAGGCACAGUUACGUGUUAUGCAGGAAGAGCUGGAUAGUGUAGUGUGUGAAUGCAGGAAAAAGGAUGAUGAAAAUCAGAAUUUAAAGUCUAAGCUUAAAGAUACUGAAGAAGAAAACACCAGACUGCAACGAACAAUCCGUCUGCAACAUUCUCAGACUGAAAAGUACAAAAUGUUGUCACAAGAAGCAAACAGCAGAAGUGAAGGGUUACAACAAGAGGUCAUUGCACUGGGAAAGGAAUUGGAGAAUCUAAAGCGUGUACAAAACCAGGCUGCAACCAGUCAGAGUGCAGUAAAGGUUCGCUUAAACAGGGCCCUGGAAGAAGCAGAAAGGUGUAAAGUGGAGCUGAACAGACUGAAGCAAAGCAACAAGGAUGUAGCUAAACAAGAACUCAAAACAAUUGAAGAAUUAAAAACAGAAAACAAGAAACUGCAGAAACAAAAAGGAGAACUAAUGACAGGCUUUAAAAAGCAGUUGAAGUUAAUUGAUAUUUUAAAGAGACAGAAGAUGCACAUUGAAGCUGCGAGGAUGCUUUCUUUUACUGAAGAGGAAUUCAUGAAAGCUCUUGAGUGGGGAAAUUACUGAUUCCAUUAAAAAGCAGCUUCUGUUUGAAAUACAAGUCAGACGGACCAUGACUGUGGCACCGUGUAUGAACGCUUUUUAAUAGUUAAUAACUCGAUAGGCCAAGUGAAGUGAUUUUGUUGAUUUUGCUUAUGUUUAAAUUGUUUAACUUUUAUAAGCCUGAGAGCUUGUGUUGUAAUAUUGUAUGAAAUACAAAUUUCUACUGAAGUUUCAGUAAUGAGCAGAGAAGCAGCGACUGUGCAAGGAAUACUCCAACAAGUUACCAGUCUGCUCUGUUUCAGCGUUGAACACUACACCUAAAGCAAUGUUCAGCCCCAAGAAGCCAGGGUUUAGUGUCCCCUAGAGACUAACGGCUGGC